UUCAAAAUGAGAUGUUUACCUGGAGUCCACUGUAUGAGGAGGGCUUUUAGUCCCAGCACACCAUAAUGAAGAACUGCUUGUAGGGUUAGUAGAAAAAGGCUUAUUCUCUACUGGAACUGGACUUAUCAAGGGAUAAAUAGUGUUACACAGGCAAAAUGCUUCAAAGGACUUUCCAGCAGUCUUACCAUACCAACAGAAGAGCACCAAGGUGAUCUGGAAAGAUGUUUUUUGUGGCAGGGGCCAGAAAUGCUGCAGGAUCAGGAAGACAAAAUGAGAGAAGUGUAUGGACGGAGGAAGGGGCGUGUGCUGUCAUCAACUCCACAAUCACCGGGGACAUGAACUGUUCAUACAGUUGUGGGUCAGACUGCUGGAGAGUGUCCAGAUACCCUUGUCUGCAGGUCUAUGUAAGCGUCAACAACACGGGCCAUAUCAGCCGUCUGUCUCACAACGAAGAGACACAGGAUGCUAGCUCUGAAUGUGUCUACAUUCCCCGGUGCCAAAAGGACAGCACGGCCAUGUAUGCCGUGAUCAUGAACAUUUCCGAGCAUCUGAAGAUGAACCAGCACAUAUCCUGCUACUAUGACCCCAGUAAGCAGCAGGACACUGUCCUCCUGACCAGGCUCUAUGACCACAGUGUUGUCUUCCACUCGUUGUUGUGGCCCUCGUGCAUGCUCUCAGUGGGAGCCCUCAUCAUUGUGAUGGUAAAGCUCACGCAGUACCUCUCCAGACUUUGUGAAGAGAUAGCGAAGAUCAAGAGGUGAAUUAAGUGCAGCACCUCUGUAAGUCAGACACACAAAGAUUAGGAGAUUGACAUCUGACAUAAAAGGCAUUUUUUUAAAUCAAACGAACUUGCUGUGACCUAUAGCAGACUGUCAUCCCUGGCUGAAACUCUCAAAACCUCCACUGAGCAGUGAGGAAGAUGACAGACAUGGAACUGUUGCUAAGAAAACAGAGAUACUAUUCUGAAUGGUUUUAAAACAUUUCAAAGCAUCUGAGAGUAAUUGUUUACAAGUGUCUUAUUAUUUAACACAGUUUAUGAUCAGAAUGUACUUAUCAGGUCACAUACACUCUAAAAGCUGUUAUGUGUCAGUUUUAAUCCGAGAACUGUGUGAGAUUCCAGAAAAAUGCUAGAGUGAGUUUUCUCCAGCUGUAUGGAGCAUAGAAUAACAUAAUACUGUCUCUCACCCACCUGUUUAUUUGCUUUGCCAUUCAUGGUGCAGAAAUAAGGUUGUGCCACCCAUCACUCAUUGAGAUUACAGUGUUUGAAAACUACAUUCAUUUAUUCAUCUUUAUUUGAUCAGACACAUCUGAGUGCUGUUGAAAGAACUCAAAAAAUAAAUAAAAUAAAAUGAAAUCAAUAAUAGUAAUGAUAUAAAGACCUGACUGGCACCCUUCGCUUAUGCCCUGUAUUGAAAAUAAAAAUCCAGAAAACAUAAACACAACCAAACUCCC